UCCGUGAGAGAGAGAGUUUUUAUUUCCUCGUAUAGGUGAGUAAAUGCUGAAAGAGAGAAAGAAGGCAGGUUGAGAGAGAGAGAGAAAGAAGGAAAUAAGAGAGAGAAGUAAUAGAGAGAUGGGAGGGUUUUAUUUCCUCUUGUAGGUAAGCACUGAGAGAGACAGAGAGUGAAGGAGUGAGAGAGGAUGUAGUGAGUGGUUUAGAGGUGUAUUCGGGUCGAAAUGAUUCUCUGCCCGCAGUAACGGCUGCCGCCGCUACCGGCAAGGAUUUUGGGAAAUGAGCCCUAAACUACUGCUGCUGAUUCUGGCUUUGACGGCCAGCCUGAUCGCCCCACAGGUUCACUGUGAGACGGGUGAUGGUUCUGGAGAUGCAGAAACAGAAACAUAUAACACUGAAGAAAUUCCCGGGACAGAUGAAGAGACUGGACACACAGUUUCCACCCAGAGUGAAGUUACCAAACCUACUCGGUCAUAUACAUGGGAUGCCCAAAUAUCUGUAACCACCGCUCAAACACCCAACUCCACGCAGAGUCAGAACAGAACACAAAGGGGAAGAAAAGUGAGCUUCACCACAGCCACAGUGUUGCUGACAGAGUCCACCACAGCAGCUGAGGAGAGCGACCCAACUGAGCAGCCGAUGUCAGAUUUCACUGUCAUCAUGGUGGCACUGGUGCUGGUGCUGGUGCUGAUCGUCAUGGCCAUAUUCAUUGCUGCAGUCCUCAUCAGCCGCAAGAAGAGAGAGAUAACAAAUGGUCUAAAAGAGGAUCCGUAUCUGGAUGCUGAAGGAAGAGAGAAGGUGCCAAUGCCAAUGUUUGAAGAAGAUGUGCCCUCUGUAAUGGAGCUGGAGAUGGAGGACCUGGAGAAGUGGAUGAUUAAAGGAGAUGGGGGCGUCAGCAUGGACUCCAGACAAAAACAAUUCUAAUGAACACAUUUCUGUAAUCUCUGUGGACUAAGACAUAUCUGUGUUCUUCUGCUGUGCUGUCUACUGAGUACACUCUGACUGUUGCCUGCAACAAACCAAAGCCUGAUUUUUAUCCAUGUUGUCGUAGAAGGUCUUCAGAUAAAGAGCAUUUUAAAUUUUAACAUGAAUCCAUAGUAGCUCUGUCAUACGAUUUCACGGCAAAAAAGUUUUAUCUGGGCAAGAAUGUCAUCUUAAAUCUAGUCGAUGCAUCUAAUCUUUCUCAUUAUGAGAGUAUUAUAAAAUAAACUAUUUCUAGACAUUUUACUUUUAAGUAACAUUAUUAACUGAAGUUAUCUCACUAUAUCAACAGAUGAUUUCACUUGUUGAGAUAUAUGUUUUAAGAUUAAGUGACCCUCAUAAAUCCCACAGUGGGGGGAUUUCAUCUCCACAUUUAACCCAUCUGUGCAGUGAAACACCACAUACACACUAAUAAACAUGCGCACACUAGGGGGCAGUGAGCAGUUGGGGGUUAGAUGCCACACUUGGGCACCUCAGCCACAUGCUGUCUGCUCAGGGGAUUGAACCAGCAACCUUCCGGUCACAGGGCUGGUUCCCUAACCUCCAGCCCAUGACUGCCCCCGUGAUGGCAAUCCAAAAAGCAGAACCUUUCUCUCACAUUAAAGCAACAAAGCUUAUUUUUUCUCUCUAGUAAGAUAACUUCUCUUACAAAGCACUGAGCCUAAGAUUAUUUUGUUUACAUUAAGAUCAGUCUCACUUAAACAUCUGACCCUGUUUUAGGUGGCAUGAAACAAGUCCAGAUCACCAUGAUAAUUGUGUCACGAUAUCCAGUCAUAUUUUUAGGUCUGUUCCAGGUGGAGGGAUGCAGGCAGGGCUUUGUGAGGCAAAAGAAAAAUGAUCUGCCAAUAUUGUAUGAUAAAUUCACUUAACAAAAGUACUUAAAACAUGUAGAAAUAAGUUAAAUAAUAUUCCUAUAACCAUCUCAAAAUGAGAACAAUUCGAUAUUUCAAUUAGAUUUAAGAU